AUGAGCUACGCGUUCCGUCGCGUAUGCCUUCAAUUGCCUGCCAGCAUCGGUACCAAGCAUGGCUCGCUGUGUCAAGCUUUCCGCCCAGCCGGAGUCGGCAUCGGCAGAAGCAUCCCAGCUUUCGGACGCGCGGCCAGUCACUCUGCAAACCGCCGGGAUGAGGUCGAGAACGCCAAGGCCAAGAAGACCAACAGGGAGGACAUGCACAAGGAGGAGCAGAAGGAGAAGGACGAACGCGCUGAGCUGUUUGCCUUGAGGAAGCAGGAGGAGAGGCCGUGGCACCGCGCUGGAAACGAGGUCGAGCAGCGGGAGUCGUCCAAAGAUCCGACAAACGGUGAUAAGACCCGCGGACGCCUGCUCACCACUCCGACCCGUUUAUUGAAGCUCAUCCUGCCGCUGCCAUUCUACGCCGAGCAGACGAGGAUCACACAAGCCCCCAAGAAAGAUGGCGAGAAAGAAGGUGAACAAGAGGAGAUUGCUCCCCUUGCACUCCUCGUCCACCCCCAGCAGCCAUUGUCCUACCUCGAGAGGCUGCUCCAGGCCGAGAUCCCACCAAUUGACGACGGCCGUCGGGAGCGAAUUCCCAGGAUAUACUUCCGAGCCGAGGCGGAUCAUAAAGGAAAUGACCAGCACAAGGCUGCGACGAAGAAGCAAGAGGGCAACGUUGCCUCGUACUCCGGCCUAGGUCGUGAGGGCCCAAAGAAGAAGCAGGACGAUACCAACUGGGUUCGUUGGAGCAGCAGCACCGAGGUCGGCGACUUCAUUCGAGACGCUGCGCGCGGACGGGAGUUCUCUAUCGGCAUCGAGGGCUACGACCAGGAGCUUCGCGUGGCGGUGCCCAGCUUCAACGACCGAACGUACUACAUGCGAAUUCGCUUGCGCAAGUUGUCGCACAAGGUCGAGCAUUUUGCAAAACUGAAGCAAGAAUGCGACACCCUCGCCCACCGAGGCGCCCAUCGCAUCGCCCAGGGCGGAUUCGGAGUGCUGCUGGGCUGGUGGGGAGUAGUCUACUAUGUGACCUUCCACACCGACUUUGGCUGGGAUCUCGUCGAGCCGGUGACAUACCUGGUGGGCUUGACCACCAUCAUGGGCGGUUACCUCUGGUUUCUGUACAUUAGCCGGGAGCUCAGCUACAAGGCGGCGCUCAACGUGACGGUAUCGAAACGCCAGCAGGCGCUCUACCAGGCGCGCGGGUUCGAUCCGCAGACAUGGGAGCAGCUCGUGCACGAGGCCAACUCGCUGCGACGCGAGAUCAAGAUGGUGGCGACCGAGUACGACGUUGACUGGGACGAGACCAAGGACCUCGGCGGCGAGGAGGUUCAAGAGGUGCUCGACAAGGAGCGCAAGGACCGGCGACGUAAGCACGACGAGGAGGACGUGGAGGAGGACGAAGACGAUCGCGCCCGUGAGCGCAAGGAUCAGAAGAAGCAGGGGCAAAGGGAACCCGAGGGCGACGACAGCAAGAAGGCGUCGUAG